ACAUAUAUUUUGUAAUUUACAUUUAAUUUUUUUCCUUAUAUCUUAUAUUUAUAUUUAUUUCUUUUAAAAAUUAAUAAUUACAUUCUGUUAUAAAAUUAUCUGCUUUGAUAAAGUAUGGAUACCAUGGAUGACUUGUAUAUCAACAAUAAUGCUGAAGAAGAAAUUGUUAUUUCUGGUAUUGCUGGACGAUUUCCUAAUUCUAAUAAUCUAAAGGAACUUCAAGAAAAUCUUUUUAACAAGAAGGAUCUGGGUUCUGAUAAUCAUGGACGAUGGGAUUCAUGUUAUAAUAUGCCUCAUCGAAUCGGUAAUGUCAAUAACAUAGAGAAGUUUGAUACACAAUUUUUUAAUAUAUCAGCCGUGGAAGCCCUUACGAUUGAUCCUGGAACUAGAAUGUUCCUUGAACACACUUACGAAGCAAUUAUUGAUGCGGGUAUGAAUCCCAAAGAAUUAAGGGGAACAAGAACUGGUGUUUUUACGGCAACUAGCUUCGGUGAAACGCUGUGUUGUUUCUGCUUUUCUAAACCUCAGUUGGCUGGAUUACCAUGGAUUGGAUGUAGCAAAAGUACUUUUGCAUACAGAAUUUCUCAUUUGCUCGGCGUUACUGGACCAUCAUAUAAUAUUGAUAGUGCAUGCAGCUCGAGUCAGUUUGCUAUACAUGAGGCUUAUAGACAUAUUCGAUCCGGAGACUGUGAUGCAGCUAUUGUCGCUACUGUUAAUCUAUGUCUUCAACCUAACGUACAAUUUGGAUUUCAUUGUCUUGAAGUAUUGCACAUAAAAUGUUAAGGAAUAUAACCUUUCUAAAAGCUGUCAAUAAUGCAGCUAUAUAGGUGGUCAUUAAAGCAACUCGGAAAGUAAAAAGUAUCACUUUUAGACAAGUGAAAAACAUUUAUACAAUUCUUGUACAAAAAUAAAUAAAAAAAUGCUUUAUUAUCUCAUA